AUGACGAAAUUCUCGUUGUGGCUCGCCGCCGGCUCUAACAAUGUGCUCCCGGCUGGCGAUCCGUUCGGUACGUUCCCGUAAAUCGACACCAGUUGAAAGAGUUUUCAGCGCACCACUUGUUCAUGCGAUGUCUGUUCCACGCAAAACACGACGCGGCGAUGAAGUUCGAGGUGAAAACGAUCAAUGUGAAUAAGAAGAGCGAGGAUUUCAAGCAGACGGGACUGCGCCGAGUGCCCGGCAUCUGUGCGCUCGCCGACGAGAGCAACGAGACGGAGACGUACGAGACGGAGGACGAGAUCCUCGACUUUCUUGAGUUCCUGAAGCCGCAGAGGGCCGACGACGAAGAAGCGGAGAACGCGACGUGCGACCUGUUCCGGCAGUUCGCUCGCUUCGUCAAGGACGUCGAGCACAAGGAGACGGCGCUGAACACGGAGCUGCUCCGCCUCGACAAGUACCUCGCGGAGCACGACGCCAGGUUUCUGCUCUCCGACGACGUGGCACACAUCGACUGUCUCGUGCUCACUCGGUUGCAUUCCAUUCGGAUCGCCGCAAAGGUAAGUGGACUCUCUAAAAAUUUGCAUGAGUUUUCACUUUGAGGCGCUCAAAAACUACGACAUUCCGUCGGACCUGACGCACGUGAUCGCGUACCUGCGGGCCGGCUACGAGACGGAAAUGUUCCGACUAAGCUGUCCGUCCGAUCAGGAUAUCAUCCUUCACUGGUGCGAACUCAAGGACACGCCCAAUUUGUCGGCGAAGGAAAGGGCGAAGCUGGUGCGCGACGAGCCCGCCUACAGCUUCUCGCUCUGA